UUGGAGGAGUACAGGGACCGAGACAGUCGGACAAUCGUCACAUCUGAAGGUGUAAGAACCUGCGGAGGGUCCUGCUGCGCUGUGUGUCCCGGAGCCGUCUGGUGUAGACUAAUAAAGUAGGCCUACAGUAGCAGCCUUGAGGAGGAAGAAGAAGACCCACAUGCAUUGUUGCCAGCCUUUCUGAAGCUGUCCAGCCAGCAACAACAACAGUCCGUCCGUCAGACCAUUCCUCAUGGCAACGAUCGCCAUGGAGCGGAUUGGGCGUCUGUUCAUCAACCUCCAGCAGGUAAGGGCGGUGCCCCAGAUGCUGACCAAGGCUGCCCCCUCCAUGCCCGGCACGCUACGGGACACCGAAGUUCCCGGGUUCUUCAGAGAGCGCUACAUCCACGCCGGCUACCGACCGCUCCACCAGGGCUGGAGGUACUACUUCCUGUCGCUGUUCCAGCGUCACAACGAGUCCAUCAACGUGUGGACCCACCUGCUGGGGUCUCUCCUGGUCCUGGUCAAGUUCCUCCAGCUGGCUGAGACGGUGGACUUCAUCCAUGACGCCCACGCCUGGCCCCUCCUCAUCCUCCUCCUGUCCUCCCUGGCCUACAUGGCCUGCAGCACUGUAGCCCACCUCCUGGCCGCCAAAUCAGAGUUCUACCACUACUGCUUCUUCUUCCUGGAUUACGUAGGAGUGGCUCAGUAUCAGUACGGAAGCGCCGUGGCUCACUUCUACUAUGCUGUGGAACCAGACUACCACCGGUGGGUCUCCCCAGUCUUCAUGCCCACUGCCACCUUCCUCUGCUGCCUGUCCUGCCUGGGCUGCUGCUAUGGGAAGUAUCGCAACUACAGCCUGCGGGUCUGGGUCCGGAAGGUGGGGCAGGUGGUUCCCUCAGCAAUGGCCUAUGCCUGGGAUACCGGCCCGGUGUUCCACCGCCUCCUCCUCCGGUUCCUCUGGACCACGUCGCACAGUGAUGACAUCGCUUCCCCGGCCAGUGGCAUAGUCGGCGACCCGGCUAUAUCCUUCCAUGGGAGCCAGGUAGCCUUCUUCCUGUCCAGUGCAUUCUUCUUCACCAACCCCCUCCCAGAGCGUCUGUUCCCAGGCCACUGUGACUUCCUGGGGCAGGGCCACCAGCUGUUCCACGUCUUCCUGGUGAUCUGUACUCUCUGUCAGAUCCAGGCCUCGCAUCUGGACUACCUGGGCCGACGGCCGCUCUACACACAGCUACACGGACAGGGAGGUGCAGAAGCCACUGUCUAUCUGGUGCAGUAUGGAGCCACGCUGGUGGCCUGUGUCUGCAUAGCAGUCUUCAUGGCGAGGAAAGUAAAACGGUUGCUUAACUGCAGAGACAAGUCCAAAUGAACUGGGUAGAACACUGUGUAGGAGGGUAGGACACUUACAAUCACUUCCCAGUGGGCAAAACUGGUUGAAAUGAGUUGACGUUAUUACAGCCAGAAACUUUUGCCCAGUUUUGCCCGCUGGGUUGGUACCAAAGUGAUCAAUGUGGCCUUGGUCGACUCAACACACACUGCCUUCCUUAGCCUGCAGGAGUUUGUUUCUAUAUUAUAAUAUUAUGUUUCUCUACAGCACCUGUGUCCUUGACGAUGACAGAAGUAUUCCUAUAGCAGUAUAUCUAAUCAUGUGUCUCAAUGCUUCUGUUAUACUUGUUCCAUAAUAGUUAAUAUUUUUUACAACAAUGUAUGUGUAUCUGCUGCCAAGAAACAUAUUGUGAUAUGAAAGUCCUUGUCAGCACAAACACAGCACAGACAAUGAAAUUAAUUGAAUCAAUCAUGAUCUUAAAGGGAUAGUUUACUAAAAGUUUAUUCACUUUCAAAGUAUUAUGUUGUUGGAAAAGGAAGCAUACUGUGAAAUCAAAUUUUAUUUGUCACAUACACGUGUUUAGCAGAUGUUAUUGCGGGUGUAGCGAAAUGCUUGUGCUUCUA